CGCGGUCUACGUGCGCCAGAUUUAUUCUUGAACUGAAUCUCACUCGCACCGUUUGACGUUCCAUUCGUUUCGAUCGUCGACGCGUUGCCUUUGUUUCCCCGCGCUCACUCACUUGUUUCAACGCUCACUUCUUCAACACUAACGGCUGCUGCUGGUGAAACAGAUCACCCCACUCGCUAUCGACGUCGCAACUGGCGACGUCGAUCCCAUGAACGCCGCUGUGUCAGCAAGCAUCGGCUCCGUCUCGGAUGCAGGUAAACCAAGCUCGGUAGGAUCUACAGGGGCUGUGACACGCCAUAUCGGCGCAAUCAGGGACGAUGUGAACGUAGGCGGGGAGGACGGCAGCGGUGUGCAUGAGGGUGUCCGUGGCGCCGGGAUCGGGAGCGACGAUGACGAGGAGGAGGAGGAGGAAGAUGAGAUCCAAGACGACGAGCUGCCAGUGGGAUUCGAGGCGGACGAUAUACCCGUGACGGGCUUUGCGAUGUCGAGCAGCAGGCGGAACGCUGACUUUCAUAAGCUGUUUCCGGGUAUUCCGGAGGAUGAUUAUCUGAUUGAGGAUUAUAGCUGCGCGCUCCAGCGCGAGAUUCUCAUUCAGGGACGGCUCUAUGUCUCGGAGAACCACAUCUGUUUCCACGCGAACAUCUUCGGGCUGGUUACAGACCUCAGUAUCCCCAUCUAUGAAAUCACGUCCAUCGAGAAGAAGAUGACCGCGCUCAUGAUACCCAAUGCGAUCCAGAUCAAGACGCGUCAGGCACAGUACACGUUCGCGUCCCUUCUCUCGCGCGACACCACAUACGACGUCAUUUUCAAUAUAUGGCGCCUCGCACGCCCUCAAGUCAAGGAGGAAUCGAGCGCUGGCGUCGAUGAUGCCAACUCGGGAAACAGGUCGGUUGCGGGCGCAGGUGCCGACGAGUCCAACAGAAAUCUUGUCGAGACGAUCAAAACUUCGACUUCCCAAGAGGGAACAGAGAAUGUCAAAACCACGGCAGAUCACUCAGGAAAGACACAGAAGCCGAUAUCUGGUUUACCGACAUCGGAGUCGACUGAUAGUCUUGGGAGUUUCUUGAACAGGCCAGCCGUCGUUACGAACAAGAAUAAUGGGCAGAACUGGGGCGCCUUUUUUGACGAAGCUGAGACCAAUGAUAGUAACCAGCUGCCGAUGAACUUACCGGAAGAUUACUCGCCUCAAGAUAUGCAGGAACAGAGGCCAAUGACUUUGGGUGUCAGACGGGUUUAUAGCCAGCUGCUGGAGCGUUCAGCGAAAUGGUUUAGUAACAAGUCGGAUGAUGUUGGAGAUCUCUCCCCUGAUGGUCGUGUAAACAGGGUUACAAGCACAAUGCGGCGAACAUGGACACGGGUCAUGAGUACAUGGGAGAGCGAUACUGACGGACAGAAUGGUGCUGCAAGGCCAGAUUUUCAUCGUAUGCGCCCUGUCACCCGCGUAUUCGCCACAAUCUUCCCGGCAUACGCCCGGCCGCGUAUUGUGGCGGCACGAGAUACCAAUGAACGACGACGAAGAAGAGAUAAUGCCACAGCUGACGCGGACGGGUCUGACACUGAUUCAGAUUCAGUGGGAUCAAACGAGGGUGGUCAACGCAGUGUGGCCGACGAAGAGCAAGUCGAAGUGCGACUCACAGGAAGAAAUCAUCCUGUCAUCGACGCCCAUUCCAAUGAGGCAGAAGUGGAGGAGAGUUACCGUCCAUUCCACUAUGCACUCUGCUGCUACAUGUGCACUUUCUCUUGUACUCGACGACAAACCCGAUCUCGUUCCACACGUAGGGCAGAAAAUCCGAGACCCGCAACUAAACCAGCCAUAGUUCCAAUAUCGGACGAGAUGAAACCGUCUCAGUCCGUUAGCGGGGACACCUCUGCAACGUUUCCAGCUGGGCAAACGGACUCGAGUCCGGUGAACACAGAACCGGUCACCGUGGACAGCCAUACAUAUCCGCCUUCUGCUCGCGCACAGAAUAGGAGGGUGACUUUUGCUAAAGUGCCAAGAUCAAGCAAGUUCAGUUGA